AUGGGAAAGUGUCCCGGCCAUCGUACGAAGCCGUCCUGCCGUCAGAUCUCGGUAACGAGCUUCCCCGUGGACAUGUACUACCGGUAUACGAUCAAGACGACAAACUACCUGUCGACAAUCGACACCUCCCGACAGACGUUUUCAACGCGCCGGACGUGCCGCGGUAGACGCGUAAAGUGUGACGAAGUCCAUCCGAUCUGCACCAAUUGCGAACGCCGUGAGCUCGUGUGCGUCUACGAUCCCAAACCCGCUGCCCCCCUACCGCUGCCCCGCAUAGAGGUUCAGAGUCUCCUGUCCUCAUCACCCACUCCUCCGCCUCUACCUCCGCCUCCACCUCCACCUCCCUCCGAAUCGACAGACCAUGAAGAGAAUCCAGCGCGAACUUUCCUCUCGCUCUUCGCCAACACGCUCCCGAGAACCCCUUCAACAUACCCAGGGCUGGAUCUGACGAGCCUGGAGCUGCUGCACCAAUACAGCACUUGCACCUACACAUCCUUCACCAGCCAAGCAGAUUGGCAGCUGGUAUGGCGAGACCGUGUGCCGAAAUUGUUCCACUACCCGUUCGUGAUGCACGCCACAUUGGCCAUCUCGGCCCUGCACCUCAGCGUCCUGAACCUUCCACGAUCCGAACACUACCUUCUCCUCGCAGCGCGAUACUACCACGACGCGUCCGUAGCCCUCCGUAACGUCCUCCCCCACCGCCAGACCCAAGACGGCAAUGCGCUGUUCGUCGCCAGCUCCUUCAUCGCCAUCUACGCGUUCGCGACUCCGCCCGUGAACCCGCCCACCGGCGUCGAACCACGCGCACUAACGUGGCUUCCCAUACUACGCGGCAUCGAGGCGGUAGUACGCGGCGAGUGGUCGCAGGUAUCCGGUGAGCUCGCGCCCUCGCUGCUAGGCGACAGGCCGCCGGUGCCUGCACCCCCAGGCGUCAGCUCGCUCCCUCCGCUUCCACAGCUCAACGGCCUCUGCGCGAAUGUCGAAAACCACGAGGAGCGCAGGAUCUAUCAGGACGCGGCAGCGAAGUUGCACUACACCUGGGAGAUGUUCCGUGCCGCGUCGGGAGAGUUUUGGCUGCCCAUGGCGUUCCUGUGGCCCGUCACCCUCUGCGAUGGGUUCGUGGCCCUGCUGAUGGAUAGGCGGCCCAGAGCUAUGGUGCUGCUUGCGCACUACAACGCCAUGUUCUCCAUGCUGCAGGGAUUCUGGUGGAUCGGGAAGAGGGCGAGGGAUGAAUUGGUGGUUAUCGAAGCGGCGAUCGGUGAGGCGUGGAGUAAUGAGUGGUUGGGCUGGGUUAGGGAGGUGGUCAACGGGAGUAAUUGA